CGCUGAUUUAUUUUUAGUAAAAUAAAAUGGCAGAAAACUCAAGAAAACUUUCAAAACAACCCAAAUCUACAGUUGAGAAAGAAUUAAGAUUGCGUCACUUAAAAGAUCGACAGAAUGGUGAGAAGCAGAGAAAACUGCAAGAAAUUAAGCCACAAGCUCCUGCUGUGCAAGUUUUCAAAGAACAAGAACGAUUCAGAAGAUUAGAUGAUUUAAAAUACAGGGAUGACGAAAGACGUAUACAAGUCGAAGAGCGUAAAAAGCGAAUACAAAAAGCUGAAAGAGAUAGAUUAGAAUUUAUACUUAGACGAAAUCAAGAACGAGAACAGAGAUUCGAGUCUAGGAGACGCAACGAAAGGAAUAAUACAGUAUUCGCCUUCGGUUCUUCUACCCCUCGAAUGCUGGAUCCAAAUGAUGUUAUUGCUUCGUAUUGGAAUACGGGAAGGUCCUCUUCCAUCCAAAAUAUAGUAACUUCUACAAACCCGUCAAUGCUUACUCGACGACAGCCUGAACGAAAACAAGAUGCUGGUACUAAAAAACAUGCUAUCUCUGCAACUGGAUUAGCGAGAACUGGUGAAACAUCAUCUUUACCAAGGAGUUCUCUUAAUAAACAAAGCACAACCAGUUUCGCCAAUUCUGAGAGUGUUAGACAUCGUUUGACAACAGCUCCGAAAAAUUCAAUACCAGUCAGUGGAAUUUCAAGUGAUACAAAAGGCAAUAAUAAACCACCCCUUCUAAAGACGAAAAAACUUCUUGCGAAACCGACAACCAGACAAAAGGUUGUGCUUAAAAGCAAAACAAAAACACGAGUAGAGAGUUGUUCUAAUGACAUAGCUAAACUAAAUAAAUCUGAAAAACCUCAAGUAGCAAUUCCUUUACCAAAGCCAGAAACCCAUGUCCUAACCGAACCUAAAUUAGUAGUACGAGAUAUUAGAGAUAUUAUAUCGAUUUUCUAUCUGCCUCAAACUACAAAGAGCGAUUUGGAAUCUCCGCAAGUUAAAAAAUUUGAAGAAAAUAGUGACAAAACAGAACCAAUUCUGGUUGAGUUAGAAGACAAAAAGGAUGUAGGAGAGAAAGACAAAAAGGACGUAAUGGAGAUAGAGACAGUAAAGAUGAGUGAACCUGAAACGAAUGAUACAGAUGUAACAGAGAUACAAAAGUUUGAGCAGGUGCAGCUCAUCAUUGAUGAAUCGUAUACAUCAUCAGAAGUCGAAAUCAGGUCUGUAAUCGAGAAACCAGAACAAAAGCAUUUUUUACAAGAGAAUUCAGUAGAACCUAAGAAGCCAGAAUCCACGUCCGAGGCUCAAAUAGUUGUAGAUAAUAAUACUAUCGAAAAUAUCGAGAACAAAAUGACGAUUUCUAUGACAAAGGUUCGUAUUAAUACAGCAGAGGAAGAUAUAGCUGCACUCGCAGAAAGACGAAGACUGAUUAGUGAGGAAGCUGCGAGACAAGCUGAAUUAGAGAUGUUACGAUUUGAGACAGAAGCCAAAGCAGAAUUAGAACGACAACAGAGAGAAGAGGAACAAAUAAGAGAGUUAAUACAGUUUCACAGAGAGUCGGAACAACAAAGAUUGAAAGAGGCCAUUAAAGAGACUCAAAGACGCGAGGAAGAAGAAAAGCUUAAGAAGGAAGAAAAACUGAGACUAAAGUUCUUAAAAGAAGAAGUCAAGAAAAAAUUUAAAGAACCAAGCAGUUCCCUCACUCAACAAAGCACAACCAGUUUUGCUAAUUCGGCAAGUGUUAGACAGCGUCUUACAACAGCUCCGAGAAAGCCAAGACCAGUGAGUAUCGCCAUCACUGGAAUUUCAAGUGGUACAAAAGGCGAUAAUAAACCACCUCUUCCGAUGACGAAAAAUAUUCUUGCGAAACCGACAACCAGUAAAAAUGUUGUGCUUAAAAGCAAAACAAAGACACCAGUAAAUAGUUUUUUUAAUAACACAACUAAAGUAAGUAAAUCUGAAAUACCUCAAGUAGAAAUUAUUCCACCAAAGCCAGAUAUCUAUGUCCUAACCGAACCUAAGUUAGUAACAAAAGAUAUUGAAUCGAAUGUCUAUGUGCCUCAAAAUACGAAGAGUGAUUUGGAAUCUCCGCAGGUUAAAAAAUUAGUAGAAGAUAAUGACAAAAAAGAACCAAUUCUGGUUGAGUUAGAAGACAAAAAGGGUGUAAUGAAGAUAGGGACAGUAAAUAUGAGUGAACCUGAAAAGAGUGAUACAAAUGUAACGGAGAUACAAGAGUCUGAGCAGGUGCAGCUUAGCAUUGAUGAAUCACAUACAUCAUCAGAAGUCGAAAUCAGGGCUGUAAUCGAGAGACCAGAACCAGAAUCUCUUUUAAAAGAGAAGCCAGUAGAACCUAAGAAGCCAGAAUCCACGUCCGAAGCUCAAAUAGUUGUAGAUAGUAAUACUAUCGACAAUAUCGAUAACGAAAUGACGACUUCUAUGACGAAGGUUCGUAUUAAUACAGAAGAAGAACCUAAAGCUGCCAUUGCAGAAAGACAAAAGCUGAUUAGAGGGGAAGUUAAGGGACAAGCUAAAUUAGAGAGAUUACGAAAUAAUUCAAAAGUCAAAGAAGAAUUAGAACGACACCAGAGGGAAGAGGAACAAAUAAGAGAAUUAAGAGAGUUACAAAGACAGACGAAACAAGAAAGAUUGCAGGGGGUCAUUAAGGAGACUCAAAGAUACGAGGAAAAAGAAAAGCUUAAGAAGGAAGGAGAACUGAGAUUAACAGAAGAAGCGAAGAAAAAAGUUAAAGAGCCAAGCCUCACUCAAGAAAGCACAACCAGAUUUACCAAUUCAGCGAGUGUCAGACAUCGUUUGACAAAAGCUCCGAGAAAACACAGACCAGUGAGUAGAAUUUCAAGUGAUACAAAAUGCGAUAAUCAACCACCCCUUUCGAAGUCGAAAAAACUUCUUUCGAAACCGACAACCAGCAAAAAUGUGCUUAAAAGCAAAACAAAGACAGGAGUAGAUAGUUCUUCUAAUAACACAACUAAAGUAAGUAAAUUUGAAAAACAGUCAGUAGCAAUUACUCCACCAAAACUAGAAACCCAUGUCCUAAUCGAACCUAACUUAGUAACAAGAGAUAUCAAAUCGAAUGUUCAUGUGUCUCAAACUCCGAAGAGAGUUUUGGAAUCUCCGCAAGUUAAAAAAUUAGAGGAAGAUAGUGAGAAAACAGAACCAAUUCUGGUUGAGUUUGAUGACAAAAAGGAUGUAGAAGAGCAAGACAAAAAGGAUAUAAUGAAGAUAGAGACAGUAAAGAUGAGUGAACCCGAAACGAGUGAUAUACAUGUAACAGAGAUACAGAAGUCUGAGCAGGUGCAGCUUAGCAUUGAUGAAUCGUAUACAUCAUCAGGAGCCGAAAUCAGGUCUUUAAUCGAGAAACCAGAACCAGAACCUAUUUUACAAAAGAAUCCAAUAAAACCUAAGAAGCCAGAAUCCACGUCCGAGGCUCAAAUAGUUGUAGAUAGUAAUACUAUAGAAAAUAUCGAGAAAAAAAUGACAACUUCUAUGAAGAAGGUGCGUAUUAAUACAGAAGAGGAAGCUAAAGCUGCGCUUGCAGAAAGACGAAGGCUGAUUAGAGAGGAAGCUGAGAGACAAGUUGAAUUAGAGAGAUUGCGAAUUGAGGCAGAAGCCAAAGCAGAAUUAGAACGACAACAGAGGGAAGAGGAACAAACAAGAGAAUUAAUAGAGUUACAGAGACAGAUGGAACAACAAAGAUUGCAAAAGGCCAUUAAGGAGAAUCAAAGACGAAAACAAGAAGAAAAGCUUAAGAAUGAAGAAGAACUGAGGUUAAAGCUAUUAAAAGAAGAAGCGAAGAAGAAAGCUAAGGAAGACGCCCAAAGACAAAAGGCUAAAUUAAGAGAAAGACUCAAAACUGAGGAAGUAGAGCGACAAGCUCGCAGAAAGAAAGUUGAAGCCAUUAUGUCAAGAACAAGGGGGAAAAACGCUACUCCACAAAGCGUUGACGAAAAUAAAUCUGAUAAUAUUAAAAGCGAAGUAAUUAAAUAAUAUUAUUAAAAUAAUAAUCUUCUUCUAAAAGUGCCUAUCUUCUGGAGAUGUUGGCGACCACAUUGACCCAUCUUAUUCUAUUUACGGCAGUUCGAAAUAGAUCAGUUGACGUUAGACCAGUCCACUUUCUAAGAUUGGCCAGCCAGGAUAUACGUCUACGUCCAGGGCCUCUCCUGCCCUCAAUCUUGCCUUGUAGAAUCAACUGCAGCAGUCGAUAUUUUUCAUUACGCAUAAUGUGGCCGAAGUAAGCCAAUUUUCUGUUCUUUACGGUGUUAAUUAUUUCUUUGUCUUUUCUUAGACUCUGGAGAAUAGUUAUAUUAGUUGUGUGGUGUAUAUAUGAGACCCUCAACAUACGUCGGUAGCACCACAUUUCAAACGCCUCUAACCCUUUUAUGGCAUCUUCUGUCAGGCUCCAGCUUUCAACUCCGUAUAGGAGGACACUAAAGGACACUAAAAAUAAUAAUAUUAAAAGAAAAUUAAUGGUACCAAGUUAGAAGGGCAAGAAAGAGGCACAGCUAAGCUUUCGAAAGAUAUUGUUAAUGUGAUUCCCAGAGACCUCAGCAAUAAACCAACGCUGGUUUCAACGUGUAUUACUUGACGAAUGACCAGUAGUAUCGAUAAGUAUUCUGAUUUAUGUAUUCGUUAAUACCAAAAGUGACCUGAUCGGAAAACCUAACAUAAAAAUGUUGAAUCGUUUUUAUCAGACAAUUUACUCAUGAUUCUUGGUAUUGAAGAAACUCAUCACUAUCUCAUAGUUUUCUUUUGAAGCUAAAGGAUUUUUAAAGUAAUUGCUGAUGGGUUAUAUUGGUCGAAUUUUCACUCAUUCAAUUAGGUAUUUAAACUACCAUUUAUAUUAUAAACACUUCACCAAUAUUCCAAUAGCUGUGGCAUUUUAUCUCUAAAUUUUUUAUAACUACUCCGAUUUGCCUGAAAUUUAUACAGUUGGGAGAAAAUUACUCAAGAAAUAUAGUUAUUUAUAUGA